UGCUCUGACAUGCAUUGUUAACUGUGGGAACUUAUAUAGACAGGUUGUUUGCCUUUCUAAAUCAUGUCCUAUCAACUGAAUUUACCAAAGGUGGACUCCAAUCAAGUUGUAGAAACAUCUCAAGGAUGAUCAGUGGAAACAGGAUGCACCUGAGCUCAAUUUUGAGUGUCAUGGCAAAGGCUGUGAAUACUUAUGUACAUGUGCUUUUUUUGUUUUUUAUUUUUAAUGAAUUUGCAAAGAUUUCAAACAAACUUCUUUCAAGUUGUCAUUAUGAUGUAUUGGUUGUAGAAUUUUGAGGAAAAUAAUGAAUUUAAUCCAUUUUGGAAUAAGGGUGUAACAUAACAAAAUGUGGAAAAAGUGAAGUGCUGUGAAUACUUUCCGGAUGCACUGUAUGUGUGUGUGUGUGAGAGAGAGAGAGAGUGUGAGAGUCUAUGCCCUUAACUCAUAAUGUCUACCGUGGCUAAAGUGUCCUUACCUAAUCCUGUGAGCUCUAUUAAAUAAGCAUUAAAGAUGUCUGUGUUAAUCAAAAUAUCUCUUACUUUAUCAUUUUCUCUGAACCACUCACACACACACAGAACCAAGGACAGACACUUUGCUUUUCUUUGGAAAGUGUAUACAACGAUUUGAGCACACACAUGCACAGACAUGUCCAUGCACACGUAGACAGAGAGAGAGAACAUCAAGUGGAGGCAGUGCAAGUAGCAGAAUCAGGCAGUGAGUCAGUUUGCUCUGAGCAUCACUGAGAGAGCUCAUAUCAGACAACAGCACGAGAGGACUCUUAACUAACCUCUGCAUCAUUAUCUGACUCAUUCAUUCACAUUUACUUCAUGCAUUUUGUUCUUUUCUUUAUUAUUCUAUUGUGUCAUCUGAGUUCAAUCUCCCUCUUAAUCUUCUUGUGUUCUUCUCUGUUUCACUCCACAUCUCUCCUUAAUAAUUUUAACCUCACUUUCUCUACCCCAGUCUCUUUCAUUUUCUCCAUUUUCCCAUCCAUUUUUCAGUGGAUACUCAUGAACGGAUCUUACCAUCACAUGCUCCUGCGGGACAGCUCUCUGACCAACCUCACAGAAGAAACAGAAUACAAGAAUGGGAGCACUUCGCUGUGGCUGUCUAAUGGCAGUGUUGCUGCUCCUCCAUCAGGGGCGCUAUGCCAGCAGGUUCAGAUCCAGGCUGAAGUUUUCCUUGCACUUGGGAUCGUCAGUCUGCUGGAGAACAUCCUGGUCAUUUCUGCAGUGGCGAAAAACAAGAACCUUCAUUCGCCCAUGUACUUCUUCCUCUGCAGCCUGGCAGCGGCGGACAUGCUUGUGAGUGUCUCCAACUCCCUGGAGACGAUUGUGAUUGCCAUUCUUAGAAACAAUGUGCUCAAACUCAGUGAUUUUUUUGUGCGUUUGAUGGAUAAUAUUUUUGAUUCCAUGAUCUGUAUUUCUCUGGUAGCAUCCAUUUGUAACCUCCUGGCCAUCGCCAUUGACCGCUAUGUCACCAUAUUCUACGCACUACGCUACCACAGCAUUGUAACAGCACGGCGUGCAUUAAGUGCCAUUGGCAUCAUUUGGCUCACCUGCAUCAUUUGCGGCAUUGUCUUCAUCAUAUACUCCGAGAGCAAGAUGGUCAUCAUUUGUCUAAUUACAAUGUUCUUUGCAAUGCUGGCACUGAUGGCAACACUCUAUGUUCACAUGUUUUUGCUUGCCCGACUCCAUGUCCAGCGCAUCGCUGCGUUACCAGCCGCAGCUGUUGCCGCGGGUGAUCCGGCGCCACGGCAACGCAGUUGCUUGAAGGGAGCAGUGACUAUCAGCAUUCUCUUGGGGGUCUUUGUGUGCUGCUGGGCACCUUUCUUCCUCCACCUCAUCCUCCUUGUGGCAUGCCCACGCCACCCACUCUGCCUGUGUUACAUGUCACACUUCACCACCUACCUGGUGCUCAUCAUGUGCAACUCGGUCAUCGACCCCAUCAUCUACGCCUUCCGCAGCCUGGAGAUGAGAAAUACUUUUAGAGAGAUCCUCUGCUGCUUUGGCACAGGCUGUCCAUCUCCGGCUUGCGAGCGAGAACGAGAGAUGGACCCGGAGAGAGUGAGGGAGAGACGACAGGAACGGGAGAAGGAGAGUGAGACAGAGUGA